UUUAGGAUAUUUGAUGAGGUGUAACAUUGGAAUACAAGUUAAGCAUGAUAAAAGGAAUCAAGAUGGAGUGUGCUGCAGUAUCACCAGCCGAGAAUAUUACAGGAGGGAUGCCAGUCGACUUCAAGACCACGGGUGUUGUAGCUCGAUUAACAAAUAACAUGGCGGCAGAUGUUCAAUCAUUGAUAUUUCAGCGUCACAGAGUAGCAAAUGGCACAGCCGGAUAUGUCUACACUGCUAGGAAUGGUCUUGCAUCAGAAAAAGUCGUUCGUUUGGGACGUGAAGAAUGCUCGGAAGGCGAAGGAUGUGAUUAUGCGAUUGCAGUAAUCAACAGACGAACGGGGAAGACAGAUUAUUUGCCGACUAAACUAAUUUGUUUCGAAAAUGUUCCGGUAUCCGAUUUCCAAACAAUACUAGAUACUGGUUACAAAAGGAAAGUCGAUUAUUCCAUCGAUAACACUAUUAGCAGAGAAUCGUGGGCUGAUAAACGGCGUGCAUUGACACAUGAUUUUGGAUCAGUUAAAAGGGUUAAAAUACAGGAUGCUGCCAACCGGCGACAAAUUAAAGAUGAAACGUUGUCAGUUAUGCUCAACUCGGCAUUUGCGUCUGCAAAUAUGAAAAAGGAAGGUGAAACGGUGGAGAAAUCUGAAAUUUCAUUAUUAACAAAGGCUGAGAGUUCGGUGCUACCGAAAGCAAAUAUGGAUGGGAAAUCGCCAAGAGAAGUAUAUUUAUUUUCAAAUUUUUUGUCUGAUGCAGAAGUUAUAACAUUCAAAUCUGAAGCGUUUGAUCAUUUGAAUGAUUCAAGAAAAAAUCUUGUUGCAAAUGGGCUCUCUCCUCUUGUAUAUAAUCUGAUUGGUAAUAUUAGUACAAACACCGAAAGAACUUGUUAUUUAUUACUGUUGGAUGCUAUGAUACAUUGUUACAAGAUUUUGGCAAAACGUCGUUUCCUUUUACAAGACGAGUGGAUGCAGUUGCAGUAUCCAGUGACAGUACUUUCUAAAAUUCGUGAACUUUUUCUCCCUGGUGAAUUCGUUAGCGAAAAUAACAGAAGUAAGCAAAAGUUAGCAGUUAAUGUAAUGACCAAAGAUAGAUUAUUGGCGCACAUUUUAUGCUUGGCGAUUUUAUUAGAUUAUGAAAAUAUGACUUUACCAAUCACGCCGUGGGCUAAAGAACUUGGAACAGGCGAGCCAAAGAUUACCAAAAUUGCAGCUGCACUUGGUUGCAACAUAAGCGCAGCAACAGCAUCAGAAGGUGUUCGUUUAGGAACCAUACGAAUAGCACGGUUAGUUGGACCACCACAGCCAUCAAAAAGACGAUUUUCUGGACGAACUAGUGCUGGAAGAGGUCGCUAA